AUGGAUGCUACCAUGGAAAACAUCGAACACACGCUACCGCUAUACUCCAAUAAUGCAAAAAAGAAAAGUAAAAAGAAAGUGAAUUCAGAAUACACAUACAAAUGUAAGUAAUCAAACUAUCCUUUAUAUGUUUAUUUCGGACUACAAAUGAAGUAAGGAACUCUGAGCUAGUUAGCUAGCUAGUAAGCAAGCUGGCUACCUACAAAGGGGACAUCAUGGCGCCUUGUCUCGAAUACUUGUUCUAGCAGAUGCAUGCGUAGAGAUCAGACGGAGCGAUCCACAUUUGUCCUAUUAGUCAGUUAGCUAGAAAUGUGAAUGUUAUUUAAUUUGAAUUAUAUUAUGCAUGUAGUGAUUUUCUCAAAUGUUUCUUUAUUUCAGUGUCUGAAUAUGAAACAAUGGACUUUGUGAAAUUGCGCGUAUCAAAUCGCUACAUGUUUACGGGGAGGAGAAAUGCCUCUCGAUUGGCCUGGAGGUGAGAUCAGGCUACUUAACCGAGAUCCUCCCUGUACACGUUUUGUUAAAUACGUGUUUUCGUUUUACCUGUCAUUGAGACGAGUCAAUGUGUAUGUUUUGAAAUCUAAAUUAUCAUUGUGUACCUUUUUGUUGCAGGGCCAUCCUCAAACACAUGGGCUUGCAGGGGAAGAUGACUGCCAGUCAGGCAAUGAAAAAAUGGGAAAAUCUCAAGAAGAGAUACAAGGUAGAAAUUGCAGCCAACAUACACUAAAUAUCCAAAAGUAUGUGGACACAUAGUUGUCAAACAUCUCAUUCCAAAAUCACUGGCAUUAAUAUGGAGUUGGUUCCCCCUUUACUGCUAUAACAGCCUCCACUCUUCUGGGAAGGCUUUCCACUAGAUGUUGGAACAUUGGUGCGGGGACUUGCUUCCGUUCAGCCACGAGGAGGUCGGGCACUGAUGUCAAAUCAAAUUUUAUUGGUCACAUACACAUAUUUAGCAGAUGUUAUUGCGGGUGUAGUGAAAUGCUUGUGUUCCUAGCUCCAACAGUGCAGUAGUAUCUAACAAUUCACAACAAAACACACAAAUCUAAAAGAAUGGAAUUAAGAAAUAUAUAAAUAUUAGGACUAGCAAUGUCGGAGUGGCAUUGACUAAAAUACAGUAGAAUAGAAUACAGUAUAUACAUAUGAGAUGAGUAAAGCAGUAUGUAAACAUUAUUAAAGUGACUAGUGUUCCAUUAUUAAAGUGGCCAGUGAUUUUAUGUAUAUAGGGCAGCAGCCUCUAAGGUGCAGGGUUGAGUAGCCGUGUGGUAGCCGGCUAAUGAUGGCUAUUUAAGUCUGAUGGCCUUGAGAUAGAAGCCGUUUUUCAGUCUAUCAGUCCAAGCUUUGAUGCACCUGUACUGACCUCGCCUUCUGGAUGAUAGCGGGGUGUACAGGCCAUGGCUUGGGUGGUUAAUGUGCUUGGUUAUCUUUUUGGACUUCCUGUGACAUCGGGUGCUGUAGGUUUCCUGGAGGGCAGGCAGUGUGCCCCCGGUGAUGCGUUCAGCAUACCGCACCACCCUCUGGAGAGCCCUGCGGUUGCAGGCGGCGCAAUUGCCGUAUCAGGCGGCGAUACAGCCCUACAGGAUGCCUCAUGAGGUUGAAGAGGUGCUGUUGCGCUGCCUUCACCACACUGUCUGUGUGGGUGGACCAUUUCAGAUUGUCAUUGACGUGUACGCCGAGGAACUUGAAGCUUUCCACCUUCUCCGCUGCGGUCCGUCAAUGUGGAUAGGGCUGUGCUGUUUGCUGAAGUCCACGAUCAGCUCCUUCAUUUUUGUUGACGUUGAGGGAGAGGUAAUAUUCCUGGCACCACUCCUCCAGGGCCCUCACCUCCUCCCUGUAGGCUGUCUCAUCAUUGUUGGGAAUCAGGCCUACUACUGUUGUCGUCUGCAAACUUGAUGAUUGAGUUGUAGGCGCGCGUGGCCACGCAGUCAUGGGUGAACAGGGAGUACAGAAGGGGGCUGAGCACGCACCCUUGUGGGGCCCCUGUGUUGAAGUGGGGGUGUUGUUUCCUACCUUCCACCUGGGGGCGGCCCGUCAGGAAGUCCAGGACCCAGUUGCACAGGGUGGAUGCUGAGCUAUAGUCAAUGAACAACAUUCUGACGUAGGUAUUCCUAUUGUCCAGAUGGGAUAGGGCAGUGUGAUGGCGAUUGCAUCGUCUGUGGAUCUAUUGGGGCAGUAAGCAAGUUGAAGUGGGUCUAGUUGUGUCAGGUAAGGUAAAGGUGACAUGAUCCUUAACUAGCCUCUCAAAGCACAGAAGUGAGUGCUACCUUUGCUUUCUUGGGUACUGGAACAAUGGUGGACAUCUUGAAGCAAGUGGGGACAGCAGACUGGGAUAGGGAGAGAUUGAAUAUGUCCGUAAGCACUCCAGCCAGCUGGUCUGCGCAUGCUCAGAGGACGCGGCUAGGGAUGCUAGGGUUAACGCGCUUAAAUGUCUUACUCACGUUGGCCACAGAGAACGAGAGCCCACAGUCCUUGGGAGCGGGCCACGUCGGUGGCACUGUGUUAUCCUCAAAGCGGGUGAAGGUGUUUAGCUUGUCCGGGAGCAAAAACGACAGUGUCCAUGACGUGGCUGGUUUUCCCUUUGUAAUCCGUGAUUGUCUGUAGACCCUGCCACAUACGUAUCGUCUCAGAACUGUUGAAUUGCGACUCCACUUUGUCUCUGUACUGACGUUUUGCCUUUUACGGAGGGAAUAACUACACUGUUCGUAUUAAACCAUACUCCCAGUCACCUUGCCAUGGUUAAAUGCGGUUGUUCACGCUUUCAGUUUUGCGCGAAUGCUGCCAUCUAUCCACAGUUUCUGGUUUGGGUAGGUUUUAAUAGUCACAGUGGCAACAACAUCCCCUAUACACUUCCUGAUGAACUCAGUCAACGUGUCCGUGUAUACGUCAAUGUUAUUCUCAGAGGCUACCCAGAACAUAUCCCAGUCCGUGUGAUCAAAACAAUCUUGAAGCAUGGAUUCUGAUUGGUCAGACCAGCGUUGAAUAGACCUUAGCAUGGGUACUUCCUGUUUGAGUUUCUGCCUAUAGGAAGGGAGGAGCAAAAUGGAGUCGUGAUCUGAUUUGCCGAAGGGAGGGUGGGGGAGGGCCUUGUAGGCAUCUCGAAAGGGGGUGUAGCAGUGGUCCAGUGUUUUUCAGAGCGAUUAGUACAGUCAAUGUGUUUAUAGAACUUCGGGAGCAUUUUCCUAAAAUGUGCUUUGUUAAAAUCCCCAGCUACAAUUAAUGCGGCCUCAGGAUAUGUGGCUUCCAGUUUGCUUAAAGUCCAAUGUAGUUCCUUGAGGGCUGUCGUGGUAUCAGCUUGAGGGGGAAUAUACUAUAACCGAAGAGAAUUCUCUUGGGAGGUAAUACGAUCGGCAUUUGAUUGAGGUAUUCUAGGUUGGGUGAACAAAAGGACUUGUGUUUCUGUAUAUUAUCGCAAUCACACCAUGAGUAGUUAAUCAUGAAACGUACACCUCCGCCUUCCUUCUUCCCGGAGAGUUCUUCAUUCCUUUCUGCGCGAUGUACUGAGAACCCAGCUGGGUUGUAUGGACGGGGACAGUAUAGCCCGAGAGAGCCAUGAUUCUGUGGAACAGAGUAUGUUACAGUCCCUGAUCUCUCUUUGGAAGGAGAUCCUCGCCCUGAACUUGUCUACUUUAUUGUUCAGAGACUGAACAUUAGCGAGUAAUAUACUCAGAAGCGGUGGAUGGUGUGCACACCUGAGUCGGACUAGAAGUACACUCCGAAUACCUAUUUCCUGCUGGUGGCGUCUUGGAGCAGCUUCUGGGAUGAGUUCAAUUGCCCUGGGGGGUACGAACAAAGGAUCCAAUUCGGGAAAGUCGGAUUCCUGGUCGUAAAGCUGGUGAGUUACCGCCGCUCUGAUAUCCAAAAGUUAUUUCCGGCUGCGAGCUUUACACCACUCCAGCUGACGCUUGGCAUUGGGCAUGGUGAUCUUAGGCUUGUGUGCGGCUGCUCGGCCAUGAAAACCAAUUUCAUGAAACUCCCUACAAACACUUAUUGUGCUGACGUUGCUUCCAGGGGCAUUUUGGAACUCUGUAUGAGUGUUGCAACCGAGGACAGACGAAUUUUACGUGCUACGCGCUUCAGCACUCGGCGGUCCCGUUCUGUGAGCUUGUGUGGCCUACCACUUCGCAGCUGAGCCGUUGUUGCGCCUAGACGUUUCCACUUCACAAUAACAGCACUUACAGUUGACCAGGGCAGAAAUUUGACGAACUGACUUGUUGGAAAGGUGGCAUCCUAUGACGGUGCCACGUUAAAAGUCACUGAGCUCUUCAGUAAGGCCAUUCUACUGCCAGUGUUUGUCUAUGGAGAUUGCAUGGCUGUGUGCUCGAUUUUAUACACGUCAGCAGCGGGUGUGACUGAAAUGGCAGAAUCCACUCAUUUGAAGGGGUAUACACAUACUUUCGUGUACCUCAUGAUUGAAACCUCAUGAAAUUGACCCUAUAAUAGGCAUCCUUAUAUAGUUAUAAAUAACCCUGCCCAAGAGCCAUCCUGUGCCUACUACUUUGUCCAAGCCUAACAUCUACUCAACUAAUCAUCAAAUCCUUCAUUAUCUGACUACCUACUAAUACUGUUUAUCCUUGUUUUGGGGACAGGAGCUGAAGUACCCUCCCCCAGGGGUGCAGGUGUUCCCCCACAGUUGGCGUUGGUAUGAUCUGAUGAGUGAUGCAAUGGAGGGGCGUCUGGCAGGCUCAGCCCCCAUCAUCGGCCCACUACCCCCAGGCACCAGCGACAGUGAUUUUCUCCCUGACGCCCGGCCCAGGAAGAGAGCCAUGAUGGGGGGGAUAGGGGUGAUGGGGAUGCACUGCGACCUGGACGAGAUGGACACCGAGAGGGCGACGCUGGAGACCGAACGGGCGGCAUUGGAGGGCGAGCGAGAGGUGAUGGGGAGAGAGCGGAUGGCGCUGGAGAGAGAGCAAGCAGGGCUGGAAAGAGAGAUGGCCAACCUGGACCGGGAGCGCGCCCAACUGGAGAGGGAGAAGGCGGCGGUGGAGAGAGAGAGGGGACUGAUAGAGAAGGAGAAAGCGCAGGUGGCCAGGGAUAGGCUCGCUGUGGACAGAGACAGAGCUCUACUGGCGGAGGGUAGAGCAGCGGAGGAGAAUGGUGCAGAAGGACAGAGCAGUAAAACAGGAGGACAGAGGGUCGUUGGGUCAUUGGAAAGAACCGAGAGAUUCCUCAAGAUGUUUGAAAAGUUGGUUGAACGUAUGUGA